UUCAAUUUCACUUAUUUUCAUACGUAUUUCAGACAUUUUUGGCACAAAACCCUCAGGACAUCUGAAACUGGAUUUUAUUUGAUCUCUUCAUUUUGGCCAACUCUUCCUUCAGGAGUGGAUGCUGCAUAUGAAGUUAUUAGUAAGGAUUCUGUUUUCAAUUUUAAAGGAAACCAGUUCUGGGCCAUCAGAGGAAAUGAAGUACAAGCAGGGUACCCAAGAAAUAUCCAAACCCUGGGUUUUCCUCCAACAGUAAGGAAAAUAGAUGCAGCCACUUCUGAUAAGGAAAAGAAGAAAACAUACUUCUUUGUCGAGGACAAAUACUGGAAAUUUGAUGAAAAGAGACGGUCCAUGGAGCCAGGCUUUCCCAAGGAAACAGCAGAUGACUUCCCAGGGAUUGACACAAAGGUUGAUGCUGUUUUUGAAACAUUUGGUUUUUUCUAUUUCUUCAGUGGAUCUUCACAGUUGGAGUUUGACCCAAAUGCAAAGAAAGUGACACAUGUCUUGAAGACUAACAGCUGGUUUAAUUGUUAGAAGAGAUGCUUGCUUACAUGGCAAAACCUGGGCAUUUUAAAUGAAGCUGAUAAUUCUUCACCUAAGGCUUCUGGAAUUGAAAUGGUUCAUUUUCUCCUGCAUAUGCAUGACUGAGAACACACGUGUGCCCUGUAUGUCUUGCCAGUCAGCUGCACAUUUUAUAGGUAUUUAAAUGCACUGCUGAGCUUGCCCUUUGGUCAUAUGGUGUGCCCUUCCACAAGAGAAGGGGGAAGUCCUCAUGUGCAACAGACAAGUGACUGUACAUAGAUGAUUUAUUUCUUAUUUAAUAAAGAGGAUUUGCCAGUUAUUUUUUGUUUGCUUCUUUCAAGAACAAGUUGUUCUUACAAUCUCAGGCACAUUGUGGACCGAGCAAAAGAUAAUUUGAGAUCCUCAGCCAGUGGUGUUAGGAUUAG